AGCGCAGCCAUUUCCUUGCGGGUUGCACAAGGCCUCCCGCCUCCCGCGUGCCCCGCGGCGCAUGCCACGCGUGCCGAGAGCACUCCGCGGAUGGAGGACAGCACGCAGUCCUAUCGCAUCAAGGACAUCAAGUUCUUUGGCUCCGCCCGGCGGGUGCUCCUGCAGAGCGCCAACGGCCCCUGCCCGCUCCUCGCGCUGUGCAACGUCCUCUUGUUGCGCAACCAGCUCCAGAUUUCCGAAGACCAGAGGUACAUCAGCUUCCACGAGCUGCUCGAGAUGGUCAGCAACCUUCUGUUCGAGCUGAACGGCCGCAGCGGCGACCUGGACCAGACCACGAGUUCCCGGGAUGCCAACAUCCAAGAGAGCUUGAGCUCGUGCCUCAACAUCCUGCCGAAGCUCAACGCGGGGCUCGACGUGAACUGCAAGUUCAGCGGUCCCACGGACUUCGAGUACACCCAGGAGCUGGCCGUGUUCGACCUGUUGGACAUCUCCCUGUUCCACGGCUGGGUUGUGAGCAAGCAGGACGAGACCGCCUAUGCGGCAUUCGGCGACCUGUCGUACAACCAGAUCAUCGAAAAGCUCAUAGCGCUUGAGGAGGCCAGGUCCACCGAGGAGGCGAGGCAGGUUGCGGUCUCGGAGGGACGGGAACCUCCCGAGGAGUCCCCCGAGGAGGCCAGCAGGAGAGCCCGCGAUAUCGAGACGGGGCUCUGCAUCAAGGACUUCAUGGACCGCACCGCCUCCCAGCUGUCCUACGAGGGCCUGCUGGCCCUCCACGAGGCGGUGCGGGAGCGCCAGUUGGCGGUCUUCUUCCGGAACUCGCACUUCUGCACGAUGCUGAAGCACAACGGCGACGUCUACCUGCUCUGCACAGACAUCGCGUUCGGCGCGUCGCACGUAUGCUGGGAGAAGCUCGACGAGGUCGACGGGGACACGUCGUAUUACGACGCCGACUUCCGCGAGAACACCGCGGCCGACGGCGACGCCGCCGCCCUGGCCGCCGCCCAGGCGCUCCAGGAGCAGGCGUUCGCCACACUGGGGCCGGGGGUGCCCGUGGCCGACCUGGGUGGGGACGCAGAUGCUCUUUUCGCCAUGCAGCUGCAGCAGCAGGAGGCCUUUGCUGCUGCGCAGCAGGCGGGUGCCGCCCAGCAUUACGGGGACCUGCAGGCCUCGCAGCAGCAGCAGCAGGCGCCGCAGGCG